AUGGAGGAGGAGGAGGCCGAGCUCCGCAACCCAUUUCCAUCCCCUCCUUCUCACUACACGAAAUACACGACACACAACCUUCGUCUUCUCGACCUUUUCCGUGAACGCGUUGCCGACGCGAACAUCUCUUCGGCCAGCCAAUACGAGGCACUUUCAGACCAAAAUGACGUUCCGGAGUGGCCACUUGUUCAGCUUGAGAAACCUCGAGUCGAUUGGAUACUCGAGGAGGGACACUACACUGUCUUCGGGGACACCUGGUUUGUUAAAGAGACAAUCCCAUCACUCGCGGAUCUGGGCGGGCAACAGUUGUACCCCGUUGAUCCAAGCGUAGACCGGAGACCCGCACUGCGGAAUGUUCUUAGGUCUCUUCUCGUUACGUAUUCACGCUUGCUGGAUGCCCUGCUUGCACCUCCACCCACAGCAUCUUCCACCGCGCCGCCGGAGUGGCAGAGACAAGUCGAGUGGAUCACUGUUCUCGGACAGAACAUCAUGGCAGCGGCAAACGAUUUACGACCGGUACAAGCAAGAGGGAACUUAGAGCUCAUGUUGCGACGGCAACUCGAGCUACGCAGGGAGGAGACGAAGGCAAUACACGCGAAAUGCGACGCACUGGAAGCUAAGCUGGCAGAGAUUCGCAUGACUGUACAGACCUUGCCCCGUGAUGCCACAGUGCAAGCUGUUGGGAGGCAUGGGACGUCAUCGGUGAAUUCUGUGCUCUUCUCCCAGUACUUUUGGCUAAAUCCAUCUUCACAAUUACAGAGAGUUGCUAGUACCACGAUUGAAGACGUACUAUGUUGGGCAGAAGAAAUCAGUUAA